AUGUGCCUUGUUGGAGUACUUGAUACAGCUGUCGUCACCACAACGAACGUCAACGCCAACAACAACAGCAGCAGCAGCACAUCUAAUUCUCUAGGAAAGCUCGUCUCUUCUGCUUCUUCUGCCGCCUCCUCCCCCUCUUCCUCCUCCGCCUCACCUUCUGGUGUAAAAGUGGAGUCCAGACCCGCCUUCCGUUCGCAAAUUGUCGUGGUGGAUGUGAACAAACCCUCUCGCUACGUGGACUCAUUUUGUCUACAGCGCGCUGUUGUUACUUGCAUGACCGCAGUACCAGGCGUGUUCACAUCUGACGCUCUGAAAGUCCAUCGGGACCUUUCUUCAGUAGAUCGACAUCCCAAUUUCUGUCAUCUCCUAUUGAAGGAAUUAGCCGUUGUCGCCAAGUCUAAAAGUACAAUGCCAGGCCAAAGUUCACGAGAUGGGGGUAGUCACCGGAUUUCAAAGAAUCCAACGUCGGGCACUGCAACUCCAUUGAGCUUUGGAACGGAGCAUCAGUAA